GUAAGUACAUUGCAUGUCUAGCAUAAUAAACACAUUAAAUAAUGGGGUAAAGUCUAAGCAAAGGCAGUGUUUGAUUUAUGGAAGCUUUAUACAGUCAUGUCUUUACUAGAAGUUGACUCAAACCUGGUGCCAUCUGUUGAGUUUGGCGCCAUCUGCUGGUCAUCAUUAAACAGACACUACUUGGGAUAUUUUUAACAAUCUAAAAAGAUUUGUAAAAAAAAACAAACAACCAAAAAAAACGUACGAGUGUGAUCUUUAGGUGUCCACAAACUAUAGUCGAUAUAGUGUAUGUCUAAGUACAGGUGUAAUAAAACAUUAUUUUAUAUUCAGACAAACACUAUUCUACCUGACAGCACUACUUCAUUAGAUGUGUGUAUAAAAGCUCCAUGUGAAAGAAGCGAGUCAUGACUGAUUCCUUCAGGUUAGAGACGCUGUGAUCUCUUCACAGACACAGACUUGUCUAACUCUGCCUAACAUGGCGCUGCCAAAUGAAAGUAGGUCAACGAGGUUUUUAUCCAAUAGGGGGCAGCAGUGAGAGCGUCACUCAGCACGUCACUGAGAACAUGGCGGCGUCCUGUGGCCGCAACCUGUGCGGAGGAUGGCGAGGGAAAACGGGUUUCAUUCUAAAAAGCUCGUUUGCGGUUUGCUUUCCGAAGGCUACCUUUCGCACUUCGGCGGUCGGAAGAACCGGAUUUCUGUCAUCGCUGCACGAACGAGGACUCUUGAAGGAGUCUUUCCCUGAAAACGCGGCUCAGGUGGAUCUGCCCCAGCUGCUGCAUUCGGCCCAGCAGACCGUGUACUGCGGCUUCGACCCGACCGCCGACAGCCUGCACGCGGGUCACCUGCUGCCGCUCAUCGGGCUGCUGCACUUCCGCGACGCCGGGCAUCACGUGGUCGCGCUGAUCGGCGGAGCCACGGCGCGGAUCGGCGACCCGAGCGGCAAAUCCAGGGAGAGAGAGAGCCUGUCGGCCGCCGCGGCACACAGUAACGGCCGCUCCGUGCUGGAAGGCUUACAGCAGAUCUUCACCAACCACGAGCUGUAUUUCUGUAGCGACCCGCAGAGACUGGGCACCGUGCGCGUGCUGAACAACGCCAGCUGGUACCGGGACUGGAACGUGGUGGAGUUUCUGUCCGAGACGGGACGCCACUUCCGCAUGGGCACUCUGCUCAGCAGACACAGCGUGCAGUCCCGCUUAAAAAGUCCCGAGGGCAUGAGUCUCAGCGAGUUCUCCUACCAGCUCUUCCAGGCCUUCGACUUCUAUUACCUGAACCAGGUGCACGGCUGCAGGAUCCAGCUGGGGGGAACAGAUCAACUCGGGAAUCUGAUGUCCGGCCACGAGUUCAUUCACAAGAAAACAGGAGAGGAAGUAUAUGGACUUACAGUUCCUCUGUUGACCACCUCAAUGGGCGAUAAGCUGGGAAAGACGGCAGGAAACGCUGUCUGGCUGAACCGGAAUAAAACCUCUCCCUUUGAGUUCUACCAGUAUUUCCUCAGACUUCCAGACAACAAUGUGGAGCAGUACCUGAAGCUUUUCACCUUCCUCCCAUUGGCUGAGGUGGAGAAGGUGAUGGAGCAGCAGCGGCAGGAUCCGGGCAAGAGAACAGCACACAAACGUCUUGCUGCUGAAGUAACCAAACUGGUGCAUGGCAAGGAGGGGCUGGAAAGUGCCAAAAGAUGCACCAACGCUCUGUACAACAGCAGCAUUGAGGCUCUGCAGCAGAUGGAUGAUGCAGAACUAAAGGAGUUGUUCAGAGAAGCUCCAUUUAAGGAGUUCUUUCUGGAACCAGGUACCACAGUACUGGACGCCUGCCGUCGGAGCCAGGCCAUUCCUGAGGGACCAAGAGGGUAUCAGAUGAUAAGUGAUGGCGGUGUGUGGAUGAACCACCAAAGGGUCUCUAACCCUGAGCAGGUACUGGUCCCUGGUCAGCACAUCCUCUCAAAUGGACUAAGUCUAAUCCGAGUUGGCAAAAAAAACUUUUACAUCAUUAAGUGGCUGAGCAUGUGAUUGAAAUUAUCAAUAUGGAUAAAUUAAUAAAUCUGUACAACUGAUGUACUGGAUGUGGACUCCUGUUACAUGCCGUAAGCAAAGUGAUGUGAAUGGAGCCAAAAGGACUGCUGACAUGUGGAUUUUGGAAGAGGAAGACACCAGCUACAAGGAGACAUGUUGCAGAACUAAAGAAGAACAGAGAAAAUAUCCUGUUAAAUGCUGUAUCGUGUGCGGCACAAAUGCAUGCACAAACUGUUUACAUCUUAAGCAACAGGAAAAUGUUCACCUUUUGGAUGAUGGGUUUUAAAGUGCAGUUCAACAUUUUGCCACGAGAUGUCAGUCAAGUAUUUUUUUCUUGACACUUGUACAUUUUGAAAUCCAUUUCUAAGUUUUAUAAAUUAAAGCAAGCCCUGUAGUGCAUUUUUAUUUUAAUUUUUUUAACUUUUUUUUAUUUGCUCUCCUCAAAUUCACCUACUUUAUACACAUUGGUUGAAUCAAGUGAACUGGGAUUAGUGGAAAAAAAACAACACCGCAAGUACCAGUAUUCAGAAGAACUUCAGGUGCAUGAAGUGUAGUACAACCUUGUAAGUUGUAGUAGUGAAAUCAUUUGCAAUAUCCUUUUCCCCUUUAAGUGAUUUCAAUAGCAAGUUAUUGUUAUAUUUAAUAUACCAUAAUGGCAAAAUGUCUCAGACAUUACUACUUCUGAAAUAAAUGUAACACUGGAAUGAGGACCAACAUUUUAUCCUCAAAAUAUG